UCGCCAUCAUGUUGGUAUAAAUGUAAUCUGUCUAUGUUUGAAAUUCCUCGGAAAAAUUUUACUAUUUUCCUGUGAAAACUGUGGAUCUAUUAACGAAUAAACGAUAAUUCUUAAGACUAAAAUUUAGAUAAAUAUUAUUGUAAGGUAUUUGUCGGGUUUUCUUUUAGACAGUGUUAGUAUUUUUUGUGUUUUUUACGUUUUAAUCCAGCAUGGCGGAUCCGAUAGAGUUGCGUGCAAGUGUAAAUUCGAUUAAACGAGUAGAUCCAUAUGUUAAAAACAUUCUGGCCACCGCAACGCAGGUCGCCCUGUACAAAUUCAAUAUCGCCCGCAACGAGUGGGAAAAAACCGACAAGGAAGGCGCCCUAUUUCUCUACAGUAGAAAUGGGGAGCCGUACCACAGUGUUAUGAUCCUAAAUAGGCUGAAUAAAGAGAAUUUUAUCGAGCCUAUUGUAAGAGAUUUCGACUAUCAGAUGCAACUACCUUUCUUACUGUAUAGGAAUUCUAAAAGUAAAAUAUUUGGCAUCUGGUUUUUUAAUAGAGACGAGUGCAUACAAGUUGCUGAUCUUAUCAAGUCCCUCAUGGAGAAAACUAACGCGGAGGAAGGGAUACAUCGCCUGGAUAGGCGGCAGAAUGGACAAGGAAGCAUUGACAUAUUCAGUAUGCUGUCCAAAGCGCAGGAAACUUUCAACAAAACCCCAACGAAGCAGGACUCAGUGCCUGUCUCAUCAACCCCCAGAGUUCCUGAUGUCACAUCAAAAAGUGUAAUGGACUUUUUUGCAAAGGCCAGCACUAACAACACCACCCAAAAAACACCAGCUAGCAGCGAAAAUGUGUUGCAUCGACUCAUGUCCAAUCCAGCACAUAGCGUUGAGCAUAUAGAAAAGCAACAGCGGUCUGUGACGCCUCAAGAGCAUUGCUCGGGGAUCAGAAUAGAAGCAGAUGGUACUAAUAGGAGGAGUGUACCGAUAAAUAUACCAGGAACCAGUGGAACUCAUGUGCCGUUAGAUAAUUUUGAGAUAAACGGUCCUAAUGUUUCUCACGUUUCGCCGUCAAAUCAGAACGUGUCCUGCUCACCUUUAGCAUUUCUGAUGCAACAAAACCAGCCUAAAGCCCUUCCUAACGAGUCGUUACAACAUUCUGUUAGUAUGUUCGAUAACAACAACAAAGAUAAUAUCUAUAAAUUGCUUAAAGGAAAACAGUCUGUAGAGUCACAACAGUCUGAUAAAUCCGCUAAUAAUUCGUUGAGUUCCAAAGAGUUGUUGAAGUUUUUCGAUAACAGACCUUUGUUGAUGACACCCAUGAUGUUCACCUCGCCUAAUGUGUCAAAAGAAAAAUCCCCAGCCAAAAUGGAGCCUGUUGAAAUGUUAACUGAAAAACAACUAGCCCAAGCUUUGAUAUACCUUUUGAAAAAUAAUGAAGAUUUUAUCAAACAAAUUCACCAAGCUUAUACAAAUUCGAUUCUGGAAAAAGUGGACAAGUCAAAAGACGCAGGAGAUCUAUAAAGAUAUAGUCUUGUAAGUUAUUAUUUAUUUUUAUUAAUUUUUUGUUUAGUAGCGACGAAAGUUAAAUAUUUUUCGAUGUUAACUUCAACAAGAACUGAACUAUAGUGAAAUUUUUAAAGAUAGUUGUUUUACGUAGUAGGUUCGAAUUUUUGUGAUAAUUGAUUUUUAUAGACCAAAUAUAAUUUCAAAUCAUAUAAAAAAGCAUGUACUGAAAUCUCUUGUUUUUUAAGCUUUACAUUUUUUGAACCUAUUGAAGGCUCAGAGUGAUAAAUAGUUGAAAAAAACGCUCUGAACAAGAUUAGUGUUAAAUUUUGAGUAUAUUACUUUAAAACACAUAAACAUGAUACUGUGUUAUAUUUUUUUAACCCAAUGAAGAAUCAGAGUGAUAAAUAUGAAAAAAAAAACACUCUGAACCUUGAUUUUUGCAUGUAAUUCUCAAAUAGAGCAAAAAUAUAAUUUCAAAUAAUAUAUUUGUACUAAAAUAUCUUGUUUUGAGCUUUAAAUAGGUUUUUCAACUGGCUUUAACUUAACUACGGCUCAGAGUGAUAAAUAGUUUAAAAGACGCUCUGAACAAAAUACUUGGUUUUGAAAUUUUGAUUAUGUUACUUUAGAAUAUACAUAAUGUUGUGUAUUAUAUUUUUUUAACUCUAAUGAAGAAUCAGAGUGACAAAUAACAAAAAAAACGCUCUGAACAUUGAGUUUUGCUGUUAAUUUUCAAAUAGCGCAAAUAUAAUAAUUUCAAGUAAUAUAUUUAAUUUGUACCAAAAUAUUUUGUUUUGGGCGUUAAAUUUUUUUAACCAGUGAAAGCUCAGAGUGGUAAAUAAUUGAAAAAAAACGCUCUGAACAAAAUAUUUAAUUCUUCUUCUUUGAUUAUGUUUCUUUAUGACACAUAUACGUGAUAUUGUGGUAUAAUUUUUAACUUCAAUGAAGAACCACAGUGAUAAAUAGUGAAAAAAACCACUCUGAACAAACUAUUUAGUUGUUCAAUUUUGAUUAUGUUACUUUAUAACACAUACACGUGAUAUUUUUUCAUGCGUUAUUUUUUCGAAUUGCGAAUCAGAGUGAUAAAUAGUGAAAAAACGCUCUGAGCAAACUAUUUAAAAAAAUAGUGUAAAAUGCGCUCUGAAAAAUAUAUCUAGUUCUUCAAUGCAUGAUAUUAUGUUAUAUUAAGCAUUACAAUGAAGAAUCAGAGUGAUAAAUAGGGCAAAAAGCACUCUGAACCCAAUUUUAGUUGAUUAGUUUUGCUUCUAACUGUCAAAUGAGUUGGUUAGUAUACUGUAUAAUAAUAUACAUACUGUUGUGUUGUAUCAAGCAUCAUAUUGAGAUUUUUUAGUACCCAAGCUGUUUUUUUUUUUAAUUAAAUUUAAUUAUGUUUGGUCUGUGCUUUAAUAUAGUCAAUCAAUAUCAGUAAACCUGAUAGGUUUCAAUUUUUUUAUUUAGUUUUGCUACAUGACAUAGAAGCACUUUAAAAUAUCUUCUAUAAUUUUUUUGGGAUGUAUGUUUUCCUAAAAAAAUACAUUUUUUUAUACUAUGUAUAUAUAAAAUGUUUUACUAUACGUUUUUUGAAGAAUAUUAAAUUAAAAAAACUUAUAGGAUUCUUAAAAGAAAAAGAAAAUUUUCGCGUUUUUUUUUCGACAAAUAAAUAUCAAAUAGAAAUUAAAAAAUCUCUGGUAAUAUUUAAUUAGAAUAAAUAUUUUUAUUUUCUUUAUGUAAAAAAUGUGUGUUUUUAACCGAAUCGAGUUUUUUGUUUGUUUGUGUAUUGUUUCUAGGUAAAAAAAGAUAGGCUGGCUGUGAUCAUACAGUACAACUGAAAAAAAAACAGAUAUAAAACCAGUGUUGUCAAUUUUAGAGAUUUUUACUUAAAAUUAGUGGUAAAAAUAUUAGGUUUUAUUCAAAUUUGAGACUUAACUUAAAAAAAAAACACCUUUAAAUUUAGUUAACUUGGUAGCUCUAUUUAAAACAACU